UCCUCGGGCCACGCUGUCAGGUCCACGGCUGAUGACGUCACUGGUGAUUUGGAAGAUGUUGCAGCUGAAAGUUGUAAAAACGUCGCGUUGAUUUAAAAUUAGCGUCAAUUCGUGUUUUCAGACGCGCGGCGCGGAUUAAAGACACCAACAUGCCGCUAACUGAGCAAAGAGCAAAUUAAAAGGUCAGACUCCAGCAGACCCCUGCCCCGGCCCAGUCAUGCCUCAGAAGCUCCAGAAGAACGCCCAGACGGGGCACUACAUCGAGCUGGGAGGUUACCAGUACUGGCCGGUGCUGGUGCCCCGGGGAAUCAGGCUGUACACCUACGAGCAGAUCCCGGUGUUUCUGAGGGAGAACCCGUACAUCACAGACGGCUACAGAGCGUACCUGCCCUCCAGGCUCUGCAUCAAAAGCAUCUUCAUUCUGUCCAAUGAGACGGUGAAUAUCUGGAGCCAUCUGUUUGGCUUCCUGCUCUUCUUUUUUCUCGGGGUGUACAACAUGGCGUCCGUGCUGCCCGCCUUCGGCGCCUCCAAGGAGGACUACGUCAUCUACUCCAUCGCGCUCUUCUGCUUCCAGCUGUGUAUGCUGUGUUCGGUUGGUUACCACCUGUUCUGCUGCCAUCGCUCGGAGAAGACCAGCCGCCGCUGGAUGGCGCUGGACUAUGCCGGCGUCUCCAUCGGCAUCUUGGGCUGUUACGUCCCCGGAGUCUUCUACACCUUCUACUGCAAUAACUACUGGCGGCAGGUGUACCUGGUGACGGUCCUGGCCAUGAUCCUGGCCGUGUUCUUCGCUCAGAUCCACCCUCAUUACCUCAGCAAGCAGUGGAAGCAGCUGCGCUCGCUCAUCUUCUGCUCGGUGGCCGGAUACGGCCUCAUCCCCACCGUCCACUGGAUCUGCAUCACCGGGGGCUUCCACUCAGAACUCGUCCAGGCGUUCAUCCCUCGUAUCCUGGGGAUGUACUUCCUCGCAGCGUUGGCUCUUAUUUUCUACGUUUCUAAAGUUCCUGAACGCUACUUCCCAGGUCAGCUGAACUACCUGGGCUCCAGUCACCAGGUGUGGCACAUGCUGCUGGUGCUGAUGUUUUACUGGUGGCACCAGUCGUCGUGCUUCAUCAUGGCGUACAGACACAGCGAGCCCUGCCCCGACGCCCCCCCACACGCUUAGUGGCCACCGACCAGCUGCUGCUUGGUUGAGAGAAGGUGCACAGAGAGCGGACUCAUAUUUCAUCCCAGUGUCUCGACAGAGGGACAUGUUUUUACCUGAGAGUCUCUGAUGAGGGAGGAAACAGUAACUGUAGCAAUCAGGAAUCGAACCUGUGACCUCCAGGAUCAGAGGUGACACGUGCGAUUGGAGCUUAAACAGUCACCAGUGGCUAAACUGAGUUUUCCUCUUUACCACAUUGUCACAGAUGAAACACUGAAAUGGCCGUUGCAGUGUUUUCAUUUGAUUUGUUUUCAGCCACAAAACAAGAUUCAGAGUUAUAGUCGAGUAAUCAUUUCUUUUUUCUUAGAAGUGAAUUCCACGUGUUCUGUAAGUGCCUGUAAAUAAAUCAUCAUGUAGCUCUUACUAAUUUAAAUGAACUGGACUUUCCAUAACACUUUUAAAACAGCCUCAGACAAAAUGUCCUUAAAAAGGGAAAAUUAAAAUAUUCCAUACGUCUAUCAGAAUCUUUGUGUCGCAGCCUCCCGGUGAAACUCUGAGAUUCUCUCUCAUGAAAACUGACGAGUUUCUUUCACUCACGAUGUUUAGAUAGAAAAACCAAAGACGCUGUCGCGGAGCAACAAAGCUCAACUUUCUGUCGCUGCGUGUAUUAUUCGUUUUUCUCCUUUAGCGGGAACAGUAUUGAUGUGUGUGUGUGUGUGUGUGUUUCUUACGGCUGAGUAAGACGAACAACUUUGUACUUUGAACACGAGUAGAACAAAGACUAUGAGCUGCAGGUAUGUGAGUUAUUUACCUCUGAUUGGGUUAAACAUAAGAAUAUAAGGGUGGUGGGGGGGCGGUUCUUCACUGUUCUUUAUUUGUUGUAAAGAUUCUCAAGCACUGAUUUAGCUUUUUUUUUUUUUUAAAUCUUCACGAUUGCAGUUUGUGCUGCGACUUGUUUCUCUGUCGUCUGCUGUCGAUCCGGAGGAAUUCACUACUUUUUAGUUUUCACUGAAGAUAAACUCCACAACCUGUUCUCCACUUAGGGUCAUGUGCAAUGUCGAAGGUCAACACUUUCUUAUUUUUUUUUUUUUUUAAAUGACUUCAUUCCAAAAUGCUACAAAUCCAAACUGGAGAUAAAUUCUUAGCCGUUUCAUUAAAGUUCUCGUAAAGAAAAGUCUUAAUUGUUAAAUCAUGAAUGAAUUUGUUGUCCAGUCGAAUGGAAACUGUCCCAUUUUGGAAUGAGAUUCAUUUGUGAUAUUUAAUGUUUUUAAAUGUUUCAAGUAUUCUCUGGUUUUAAGAUUUCUUUUUGUUGUGAUGUAUUUAAAUUAUUGAUUUUGAAUCUGAUCUGUAAAGAUACGACUUUCUCUCUUUGAUAAAAACCUGUACUUUGUCUGAAUCUCAUUUUGUAGCCGCAGAACUUUUGUAUCUUGACUUGUUUCGUACUCGAGCAACAAGCCGCUGAACUCGACUCUAAAUAAACUGAACCCGUGUCCUGUUUUGAAAA